AUGUCAGAAGAAAUACGCCAAGAGGCAAAUUCUCUUUUUUCAGCAAAAAAAUAUGAAGAAGCAAUCAAAAUGUAUACUGAAGCAAUUACUCUAGAGCCAGGAAACCAUGUACUUUAUUCAAAUCGUUCAGCAUGCUAUGCUUCUCUUAAAAACUUUGAUGAAGCAUUAAAAGAUGCACUUAAAUGUAUAGAAAUUAAUCCAAACUGGGCAAAGGGAUGGUCCAGGAAAGGUGUUGCAUUACAUGGGAAAGGAAAUUUGGAGGAAUCUAAACAUGCUUACGAAAAAGGAUUGGAAUUAGAGCCUGAAAAUCAGCAGAUUAAAGCAGCGUUAAAAACUGUUGAAGAAUCUAUUUCUAGAGAUUUUUCGAAAAAUUUUCAGAAAAAUGACCCAUUUACACAGAUAGCUAUGAAAUUAAAUAGUCCUGAUUUUCUUUCAAAAGUAGCAUCGAAUCCAAAAACUUCAGGACUUCUGUCUAACCCUCAAUUUAUGGAAAAACUUAAAAAAAUACAAGAAAAUCCUAGAAUUAUCUUUCAGGAAUUGAAUGACCCAAAUAUGGCAUCAAUUCUUCCAUUGCUUCUUGGGUUAGACACAGAUACAUCUAAUCAUAUUAAUGGAGAUUCUAAAGAAACACAUUCUCCGCCUUCAGAAAAGUCUUCAGAGUCAGAAGUAGAAGCCGAUCAGGAGCUUAUGGAAGAAGACGAAGAUACCAAAGCUCAAAGGGAAAAUAAAGAAAAAGCUGAAAAAGAAAAGGCUCUUGGAAAUGAAUGUUAUAAAAAACGACAAUUUGAAAAAUCUGUUCAACACUAUCUUUCAGCAUGGGAAAUCUACAAAGAUAUUACAUAUUUAACGAAUUGUUCAGCAGCAUAUUAUGAAGAUGGCAAAUAUGAAGAAUGUAUUAAAUGUUGUGAAGAAGCCAUUACAUAUGGAAGAGAAGUUCUUGCCGAUUUUAAGUUGAUCGCUAGAGCUUUUGGAAGAAUCGGAACAGCAUAUAUGAAACAAGAGAAUUAUGAGUUAGCUAUUAAGAAUUUUAACUCUUCUCUUACAGAGCACCGAACUCCUGAUAUCCUUAAAAAAUUAAGAGAGGCAGAAAAAAUAAAAGAAGAAAAAGAUAGACUGGCAUAUAUUGAUCAUAAUAAGGCAGACGAAGCAAGGGAACAAGGAAAUAAACUUUUCAAAGAAGGAGAUUUUGGUGGUGCAAUUAAAAUGUAUUCUGAAAUGAUAAAAAGAUCACCAGAUGAUCCUAGAGGUUAUGGAAAUAGAGCUGCUGCGUACAUUAAAGUUAUGAGCAUGGUUGAAGCACUUAAGGACUGCGAAAAAGCAAUUUCACUUGAUCCUAAUUUCACAAAGGCUUAUAUUCGUAAAGCUUCUUGUUAUUUUACUAUGAAAGAAUAUAAUAAAUGCAUUGAUGCGUGUCAUUCAGCAACUAAAGCAGACGAAAAUAGUAAUAAUAAGGGUAUGCAUGCGAAAGAAAUUGAGGCCCAAUUACAAAAAUGUAUGUCCGCUAUGUAUGCUCAACGCGAAAAUGAAACAGAAGAACAAACAUUACAGCGAAUUCAAAAUGAUCCUGAAAUUCUUUCAAUUUUACAAGAUCCUGUAAUGCAAAGUAUUUUAAAUCAAGCUCGUGAAAAUCCAGCAGCUUUAGAGGAACACAUGAAAAAUGCUCAAGUUGCCAGUAAAAUACAAAAACUUAUUCAUUCAGGCGUUAUUAAACUUUCAAGAAGAUAA